AUGCUACAGGCAAAACGACCGCAGGCCGCUGGAGAUGGGCGACUAAUUGUUGAAGGCAUACGAAUAUAUCUCAUCAAUGUAUUCAAAAACAUUAUCCGUAUUGAAUUUUUUCGACCUCUUUCAGAGCCUCUUAACCUUUUAAGAAAACAAUUGCAAUUCCUUUACGGCUACGUACUCGGUUUCCUUAUGGCGCUCACUACUCUACUCUGCUAUGACCACUUCCUACUGCAAGCGGCACAAACGCGGCAGCACAGCACGAUCACCGAAAACUGGCAUAGUAGCAGCAUCAGCACAUCGCACCGACCCCAGAACAAUUCCAAUACACUGCAACAGCACUUGAUAGAGGAGGUGCGCGUGCUCUGUAUGGUUCUGACUACGCCUGCCCAGCAUGAAACGCACGCCGCACAUGUGAAAGCCACCUGGGGUAAGCGUUGUACACGCCUCGUUUUCCUCAGCAGUGAAACGGAUGUGAAAUUAGGCGCUGUGUCGGUCGUCGAAAGUGCAUCAGAUACAUACGAUUUGCUUUGGCAUAAAGUGCGGCAAGGAUUUCGUUACGUAUACGCCCAGUACUAUGGCGACUACGAUUGGUUUUUGAAAGCGGACGAUGAUACCUACGUGAUCAUGGAAAAUCUUCGUUAUUCGCUAUAUACUUAUCAACCUGAAAUGAGCGUAUUUUUCGGAUAUGAAUUGAUGCAGCAAAAUGUGCGCGUGGGCUCACACUUUUAUUAA